AUGUGUGGUGCAUUAGUGCAACUGUUGCUUUGUUUCCAAGUGCUGUUUUACAGCUGCUGUGCUGAACUGGUGAAGCAGAAGGAUGUUCCGGCCAUUCUGUUUUCACAUAAACUAUCACCUGGGAUGUUGAAGUAUCAAGAAAAUUACGAGAGUGCUAUGUCUUUACCUUCGAAGUCAUUUGAUAUUAUAGCAGAGGAGUUAUUGAGGAAAUGUAAUUCCGAUGCUAUCAUAUUUGUGAACCAGCCAGGUCUGUGUAAACUAGAUUUCGAAGAAUUUGAAGAUGAAUUCAAGUUUUUGAGGAAGUAUAUCAAGGUGAGUUCUACGUCGUUAAAAUUCGAAAAAGUGAGUGGAUUACACCAAAAUACGUUUCAAAACUUAAUUGAUAUAACUUCUAAGGAAUGUAAUAUCGAUAGGUUCAUGACUUUAAGAGGAAAUAAUACCGACGAUUUUGAGCCCUACAUAGACACUAAUAAAAGAAUCAUAGUAAUAAACUAUCCACCUUUGCCUGAGAACGACUAUGAUCUCCGUAGAAAGCAUAUUAUGGAUUAUGAUUUGUAUCUACGAACAAUACUUGCACAAAUUCCGUCGCCAUAUCAAACUGUGAUUUAUACUUCUUUGGAGCGAAGUCUUGUCCCCAAAGAGGACGUCAUGAAUAAUAUAGAAGUCUUUCCAGGGUUGUUCGAAGAUCUUGCAGAGGAAGAGAAGAAUGAUAGGUUGAAGGAUGAGCCGCCUGCCCCAUUGAAUAAAUUUCGUACUCUAUAUCCUGGCAUGUCUACAAAAUACAUUUCUAUCUUUGAUUCUGGAUUUUUGGAACAAAAUGGUCAGCUGCUUAAAGCUAUUUUCACGUCAUUGGUUGGUUAUAUAAUAUACCAGACCAUCUUGUAUGUGAGAGAGCCCAAAAAAAGUAGGCCAAAUGAUAAGCAUCCAAAGAGGAAGUCACCAGAGAAGCCUGUUACUAAAACUGAAAAAAAAGCAGAAUCUUGUGAGGCUGAGAAGAAAAGAGACUGA